AUGGCCCUUCACCCCAGCGAUCCGGCGCCGAGAUUUUCGGCUGAACGCGAACCGGAGCAAUCGGAGGACGAUGAGGACGACCCGAUGUCCCACGAGAAGGAGCGGAAGCGCCGCAACGCGAUUAACUGGCGACAAAAUAUGGCGGACAUGCGCAGGAGACACGAGGCCCUGACAGAUGAGUCGAAACAAUUGGAACAAGAGUCCGCGAGGCUACAGCAAACGCUCGAAGCUGUAAAUAAGCAAAUCGCAGAACGGGAGGCUGAGGUUGAACUGCUCGAACAACAGCUACGCGGGCAG